AUGACCCAUCGAUUCCUCAACUACUCCAUGAAACUCAAGUACGGUGGGAUUCGGAAAUUGAUCGACAAGUUCGAGCUAGAUGAACAAGAGCGAGGUAAAGGACCAGUCUACGUCCAGGACUUGACCGAAUUGAAUGAGACCAUUUUCCGAACACAGGAAAAGCGGUUCAAUUUCGGAUACGAGCAUAUCCAGAUGUGUCUCUUCAGCAUGCUUGGCAUAUUCACUGUGAAUCGACUGAGUGCCUUGCUUUCGUUGCAAUUGAAGCAUCUACAGUUCUCUAUACAAAAGGAUCCUCAGGGUGGCCCUCCUGUGCUUCUGGCUGAGGUCGGGCAAACUAUCUAUCGAAACUGUGGGACCCACUUGUGA